CGCCUACACACCCUCCGUCCUGUCGCGGAGCAGGAGGAACUGCCUUAUUGGGAGACAGGCGCACACAAAGCGACGGGUGCGGGGCCAUCUGCCGCUGUCAGGGGAGGGGUUCCAGGCGGCGGCACGUUACCAUGGCAACAGCAGGGGAUUUCGUGGCGUUCUUUGGAGUUUCUCUCGCUUUUUUGGUUCGGACGAGGGGCAGCUGUUAGCGCGGCACCCGGGAAGCAAAACACGUAAAUAAAUUACUCGAAAUAGAAGUAGCAGCCCCCUCGGGCUGCAGUACCGGAAGAUCGUCCUGAAUUGAAAUGACCACCUUGUGCUGGCAUUGAUCAAGUUAAAUUCGCAUUGAAGUGAUUAGAGCACAAUCUUGGAUGUGAAAGUUAAAUGGGCCCAAUCAGCAGCAUGUCUCCAUUGAAGAAAGGGGAGACCUCGGGGACAGGGGAGCUUUGCAGCUUGAAUUCAAACUGUCCAGCAGAUGUUCUUCCAGAGGUGAUGGGUGGUUCCAGGCCCAGAACUAUUUUUGCAGAGAAAGGAAUGACAGAUGAUGAGGAGCUUACAAACCUGAACUGGCUUCAUGAAAAUAAAAACCUCCUCAAAAACCUUAGUCUUGGCAGUGAGAUGCUACGUAGUGUUAGUCCUACUCGUGAUGUUACUGAGGAAGACACUUCACCUUUGCCACCCUCUGAUUCACAUAACAAUGAGAAGGGUGGAUUGAACUCCAAGCCUCCCUAUUCAUUUAGCUGCCUUAUUUUUAUGGCGAUUGAUCACUCGGCCAGAAAAUGUCUGCCAGUCAAGGAUAUCUACAAUUGGAUAUUGGAACGUUUUCCUUAUUUUACCAAUGCACCCACUGGCUGGAAGAACUCUGUAAGGCACAAUCUUUCCUUGAACAAAUGUUUCCGGAAAGUGGAAAAGGGUCAUGGCAAGACUGUUGGGAAAGGCUCACUGUGGUGUGUAGACCCGCAGUACAGGCCCAACCUCAUCCAGGCUCUAAUGAAGACUCCAUAUUAUUCAACAAUGCAAAUCUUCUGCACACCACCAGCCUCUCCUCCAAGUGCAUCACCACCUCCUCACCACCUCACAUCAACGUCGCCACAGCUCCGAGACAGCCUACAGAAAAGUUCUGAUAUUGAUGCUGCCACUGCUAUGAUGUUGCUGAAUUCUUCUCCAGAACAAAGACUUCCUCAGUGUAAUUCAUCCCAGCAACACAGUCCAGUGCUAAGCAGAAAACGUAGUCACAAACGUGCAUUUUCAAAGCAUGCCCCAAUCACAGUGAAAAUGCCCGAAACCACAAUCAGAACAAGAGAGAAUGUGGAAGCUUCUCCAUUACAGAAAGGUAGCAAAAGUCUAUCUGGCUUACCUGUCAUCAACAGUAAUCCAAAGGAAGAUCACAAUUACAGUGCAAAUGGAACAAUAUCUCUUCGCAGUGAAUCAAGGUCUAGUGUCUCAUCCUUCUCCUCGGUGGAAGAAGUCUACGAAUUUAUUCCAAAAGCUAGCCGUCAGGGAAGUGAUGGAAGUGAGGGUUUCCAUAGCGAUGAAGAGUCUGAAGGGGAUGACCUGUUAGGUGCCAGUGCCUCUAAUGUGUUGCAAUCAGCUGGGAAUAACUGCAGAGCAAUGCAACAUGAAGUUGAUGAAGAACUGAAGGAAGCUGCUGGUUCACUUUUGCAUCUUGCUGGAUUCUUUAGUCAGUGAACCAAGAAAAAAUGAACGAGAAACUGCAAAAUAGCCGGUCUCCUUUUCUUAUCUCCCAUUGUGUGUCAAUGUGGCAAUAUUCUUCAAAGGGAUCCUUCUCAAAAGGACCAUAAAAGCCAUACAAAGACAGAGGUGCUUGUCCUUCUGCAUAAACUGCCAUAUGUUUGCUCCUAUUCUGAAAACGAGCAGCUCUUUUUGGAUUUGUAUCAAUGCUUUAAAUAUGAACAUCUUAAAGAUCUAUUGAUUUCUACAAGUCCACAACACAUGCAAUUGAUCAGUCUACACAUCAAAGUAGGUGUUCAAACUUUCAUUGGUUAACAUAACUAGGUGCAAAUUAAGAAUUUUUUAGGAAAAAAUGAAUAUGGUUGAAGAGGGGUGGUGGGGCUUUGCAAUAUUUUAGACAUCUUGGAAAUUGUAAACAGUAUUUUCCCAAACUAACAUGUUGGUAAAGAUACUUAAAAGUUAACCAUCUCUCACAUUUUUUCCUUUUUACAAAUAUGCUUAUUUUUGGUUCCCAGUGAACACUGAAUUGCUGCCAGUGGCACAUCACUAGAUUCAAGAAGAAUUACAUAAACCUUUCUACGGUGCUGGUUUCUCUGACACAAGCAGCCAUCAUCAUUAAUCACCAUUCUUCGUGCUUAGGUUAACUCAAUUAGCCAUGUGGCUGUGUGGGAUAUCACAGCAAGGUUUAGUUCUUAUCAAUAGACACAUUAUCAUACACGUUUUCUAUCAUGCAAUGCUGUAUGUGUUGGAAGGCGGUUAAAUAUUUCCUCUGUGUACAGCAUUUAUGAUAUUUAUUAUGGCUGCUGCCCAGGCUGCAAUUGGAUAAAUUAAUGAAGAUUGUGAUGUUGCUGCACUUUACAAUGGAACAAAGUUGAGAUUGCUAUGCAGUUUAUAAUUCUUUUUAGAAAAUAUUAUGACUUGUAGUCAUGCUUCCAUGAUCUUGUUGGACUAUGUUGGCUAUUUGCAGAAACUAUUAAUGGGAGAAGAUUGGCUUUAUGUUUUCAAUUGUUCAAACACAAAUCUCAGUUGGAUUUGUUAAACUGAUGCACACCUGGGAGCCAUAUGAUAGCACAACCCUGUAAGUGACUCUAUCAAAAGACAUUACAGUAUCGGUCACAGCAAAGAGGGUUAGAUUACCUUUAUGUAAUAAGCAAGCAAUACCUCUUGCUGUGCAAUUUAGAAUUAAAAUCAGCAUGCAAUGCAAAAGUAACAUACUACCAAUUUUUAACCUAAGAAAAAAAAAAAUUAGAAAAUUGAUGUACAUGCUAUUGAAUCCUAAAAUUCUAAUGCUUAUGGUAAAGAUUCAUGAUGUCACCUAAAUCUACUGACCAGAAGGGGGCCUUGUAAUUCAUUCAAAUGUGCUUGUUAAUUUUUCUUCUUUAAUUAAUGUUCUUUGUUUGAAAAUGUUAUUUAUGUUUUGCACCACACCAUAACAGACACAGAGUUGGUCAACUGUAAGAUAUUAGCCUUUACCGAUCCCUGAAAUAGUGUGAAAUAAGUAGAAUUACCAGAGAUUUUCUUCUUCACCACGCCAGGAAACCGCAAAUACAAAAUCAAUUUGCUACAAUGCAUUUGUACUAUGUUGGGAUUGUACUAUUUUGUGCAAAUUUUAACUUGUCCUCUAUUUGGAUUGUUGAUCAUGUCUCAAGAUAUGCAAUACUCUUCGGAUACGGUGUUAUAUUGUCUGAGCUUUUUUUAAUGUGCACAAUAUUCAAUAAGCCCUACUAAAUGAACUUUUUUUGUGGUUGUAUGUUACUGGGAGAUUGAGAUUGUUGUAGGAGGAACAGCAGACAGAUUACUAAUUCACCUUGCCUGGGAGCACAUUUUGGAGCGUAUAUUAUGAUUUUUAUUGUGCUCCAUUCUUGUGAGAGUUUUACAGCGUUACGCUGAUAAUGUGCUACAGCUGAAGCAGGAUCAAGAAAAAUAUAACAAUGUAAAUCCAACCUUUUUUGAUAUUCUUAAUUGUCAUGGGCAGUACUAAAUCCAAGGAUAAGGGUUUUAAUUUUACCUACUGCCUAUCGGGGGGAAAUGGUGGGAGGGAGGGGGAAGGAAGGGGAACAUCAAAUUGUAGCCUGCUUCAUCACCACCACGUGCCAUUAGAAUCUGACUUGCAUUUCUACAGCAUAAUUCCAUAAUACCCCAAUUUGUUGUGUUGCUCACUGAAGCAGAUGAAGGCCUCGUAAGCUAAUGCUAACCUAUAUUAACUUUAGUUUGAUGGAAAUGUACUGCAACUCUCUAAUCUUGUGAUUCAGAUCGAUAGCUGUCAGGUGGAUCAAAAGACCUUCCAAGAUAAGUCAUAGUUGUUAUUUUAUGAUAUAAAGAGGAGUGAGAGAUAUUCUUUGGAACAUCUGGGCUUUGUUGCCCUGUACGCCACUUACCAAUUUUCCCAGAACCUAUUUGCUAUGAUCUGCUUUUUGCUGACAAGCCAACCUUUGCUGCCAGACACUGGCAUUUUGCCGAAUUAAGUUUCAUUGUAUCUGCCAAGUAGUUUGUACUUUUGCCCAUUUCAAUACUUUUGCCCUUAACGGAAGAGGCACAUGUUUUAAAUAAAAAUUGGGCAUGUGAAUGUAUUUUGCAGUUUCCCCUAAAAAUUGAAUGGGAAUUAAAAUCAAUCUUAAAGUAACAUUGUAGAUCCACAUUAUCGAAUUGGUCUGGUUAGACAUACAAGUUAAUAUUUUAUAAAGAGAAUAUAAAAUGGCAGAAGCGUUCAACAAAUCAGAGAUCAUCUGAGGGCCAGGGUCACGAAGCAAAAAAUUAAAACUACCACUCUACAAAUGCUCACCAACCUGUUGAAUAUUUCUAUAAUUUUCUGAUUUAUUUCAGAUUUAAAAAAAUCUAGAUGCUGGAAUUUUAAUUAGUUAACAUUUCAAACCACUGAUCUUCCAUCAGCACUUUGCAUUUCAAAUAUCCAACAUACACACAAUUUUUAUGUCCCCUUACUUGAUGAGUUUGUUGCCAUUGGUUAACUUUUUUGUUAUCCACUAAUAUUGUUAAGCUGACACAUCAGGUCUCUCUUAGGAAGAAUUGCAUUCGAACUGAUGUACAUGGAAAGCUUUUCCAAAAUUGUAGCAUUAAAUUUUUGAUUUUUGGAUGUUGGUGAAUUAAAUGUGUACUUAACAGUCUACUGUUUUGUGUAAAUAUAGAAUACUGUCCUGUGGGGACCAUUUAUUUUCAAGUUUAUUUUUCCAUAUUUUCUGACCCUGUAUAUUUUGGAUAUCAGAAGAUUUUUAUUUUUGGAGAGGUUGUAAUGGGGAUAGUAUGAAUAUGAUUUUUAAAAGUUUCUUUGUUAAAAAGAGCACAGGCCAACUGCCACAAAAAAAUCACCUUUCCUUUGGUCUUGUAGCAAUAUGUGAUUUUUAGAACGUUUACCAUGCUAUUUCCAAAUACUGAAGAAUAAUAACCUUCCUAAUGUUCUUUUUUAAAAAAAGAUGUUCAAUAUUAUUUUUCCCUCGUGUGGUUCUGUCCUGAAGGAGGUUAAGCGUCUGAAAUCUAUAAGAUCAGUUAAAGGAUAGUUCAUAGGCAGUGAAAGUGGUGGGUUUUUUUCAUAUUGCAUUGUAUGUACAUUUGCACCAUGUAUUCAAGGUGUUCAUAAGAGACAGGUCUUAUGGUAAACUGGCAUAUCUUAAUUGUUCAAUUUUCAUAAAGAAAUCCCCAGGGAGACAAAUUGUAUGUUAUAAAAAUUAAUCUUUGGUUAGUAGAGCUAAGCAUAGGCAAGAAUAUCAGCUUCAGGCUACAUCCUCCCCUGCAUAUUCAGUUCCUUUUAUGGAGUACAGCUAAUUACUGAUAUUCUUUCAUGUGCUUAGUACUGUGACCAAAUACUAUUUGGGUUUUUUUCCUCUACAGAUAAUACUGAAGGAUAUGUCCAGCUUACUAUUUGAUAAUAUUGUCCAGGGACACAUUUUGUGACUUUAACAUCUGCUGGACUGCUUGAUUUUCAUUUCCACAUUUUUCCUGAGUCAAGUUGAGGUUUCCAGCAACUUUGGCUAUAGUUCAGAGGCCAAGUACCCUGAGAGCUUUUAUGUCCCAUUUGAUGGGAAGAAGGAGAGGAGAGCAUUUUAUAGUUUUUUUUAAACUAGUUGGCAGCAUAGACUUAAAACAUUCUCCCCUGAUCACACUGAUUGAAUAAGGCCUAUGCAAAUACACAGGCUGAGAAGUUAUGUAAGCAUAUAGCUACAAAAUGUAUUAAUUUAUUUUCUUAUAACAUUGUAAUAUAUGUCACAAUUUCUUUCUCGUUUUUAUGUGAACAUGUUUAAUGAAAUAAUUUGCUAAAUUCUUCACUACCCCAUCAUCCUAAAAUAUCCAUUUAUUAACAAGAAACAUUAAAGUUUGAAAGAUUAUGUUCACAUUUUCCCAUUCCUUUUGUGUAUGGGUCAAUAUCCCUUUAAAAGGAAAAUAGUGAAUUAUUAUCUAUAUUAAAUUAUUUUCCUAAUACAUUGUAACUGCGUUUUUUCAUGCUCCUAGUGUAAUUAAAAUAACAUUUUGGAUACUCGGCAGGCAGCAUUGAUGGAGAUGGAGUUUUAGUUUCAAUAACCUUUCAAUAAAACUAGGUAACAAUUUUCUUAAAGCCACAUUUGGCUCUGUACUCCAGACAACACCAGCAAAUCUUACUAAUCAAUGUUCCCCUCUUUCUCGGCUGUUGUACAAAUAGACAGUAGAUGUGCUCCAUUUCUUACUACACCGUCCUUUGGUGAAUGCCUCCUUGCCAAAGUUUGAGAAGUAUAUAUUUUUAUUUUCCUUUGGCCCUUUUAUAGAAUGUACAUUGUGUUCUUGAAGGGGUGGACUUUCUCACUAAAAAUCUUGAAUACAUUUGGUUGCCAAGUUUGGGCUAUGCUGAAAUUGAAUCAAUUAAUUUUUCACCAUGCAGAUAUUUGGUGGGGUACCUAUUUACAGUUUGCCAGCCAAGAAACAACUAUGUAUAUAAUUGCUAUUGGAUACCUAAAUGUGGCUUCCUGCAUGGAUUUUUUUAACAUCAUAACUUUUCCCCCUACAGCAUUCUUCAAUGUACAUUAGUUAUUCUGAGCUAUAAAAUACUGUUCAUAAACAAAACAUUGCCAUGAAAAAAUGAUAAAAAUGGCUGCCACAACAAAUAAAAUGGCUGUCAGUUCAACAACAUUAAAGAUGAUGUUUGUUUACGUGCCUUUGUUACCUGCUGAACAAUUUGAAAUCUUCUAAAUGAGCUAUUUAUCAAUUAAAAACUAUUAUUUGAUUUGUUGUCUCAAUGUUUACUUCCUAUAAAUGUUUAUUGGCAGGAUCGUUUGAGAGCAGAGCCAAUACACAUUUCCCUCUCUGAAUGGGACUUCAUGCAUUGUAUAGCACUUGCUAGCUAUUAUAGUACAGGUACUUUGCCUGAAGAAAGACAAUUUGACGAUUGAAACUAUGGCCAUCAUUUCUGGACUCUAGUUAUUCUGAAUAGUAACUACACCAACCGAUUCCGUGGAAAAGUUAGAAGGAGCAGGAAUUUUGUUUGGACAAUUCUCUCCCCACCACUCUCCAAUGUCGUUAAUUACUUGGAUACAGCUUCAUGGGCAUUACUGCUGCAUUUGAUGCCGCCAGUACCCAAUGUGCACAUUGCUGUAGAAUAAUACAAGCAUGAACUGGGGAAAAUGAAACAUAGUCAAUUUCUUUAUCUUCCAUAGAACAGUCAUGCUGAGGCGGGUGCAGCAUUCCCCUGUGAUCCCAGCAAUAGGUUCAUUCAGCACUGACUAUCUGCAUUUGUGAGUCACUGGAGCAGCAACAGAUGAAUGUUACUUACCAGAUGUUCCCUUCACAGGAACAAGUUAUUUUUGUAACUAAUUUCAAUCAUGAUCCACUUCAGAACAAAACAAAAGAUUCAAACUUUAUUCUUCCACAUUGCAGUGCAUAUCAAUGUUUUUAUAUUGCAUCUCUGGACAGAGGCAGCAUAUGGUUCAGAUUACCAUCUGGUUGGGAAUUUGCAGAAAUUGCUUGCAUGCAAGGUAGAACUAGUUUGUUCCCAAACCAACAUUGUGAUUACUGUUGUCCUUGAAAGCUAUUGUAGUAAAUGGAACAUUUGGAUGUCCGUAAUUGGCAAAAUAAAAAUAUUGUAGGUAUGGACUGAAUAUGGCACAGCUGUCAUACAAAACAUCGCUAUACGGGAAACAAGGUAUUUCCUGACCUCUGAUGUGUUGUUUAAUUCCCACUGAGGGCAAAAAUGAUUCUCUUAUUUAAAAUUUGUUUUGGGUUUUUUUAAUCCCUUUUUAUCAAUAUUUCCUACCUUUGCAUAAGAUGGCUGUUCAAACUGGGGUGAAAAUCUGUGUGAAUCAGCAGCAGGAGUCAUUGCUUUGUAAAGAGAUGAUAUGAUUGACCCUUAAUAAAAACAGACAAAACAACUUUACAGCUUAAGACCCUGGACACUAAUUGGGGACGAACCAUUACUCUCACGCUGGGGAAUUUCAAAGGUGAUUGCAACCCUACCCAUUCUAUAUUUUGCCCUGGGUUGUUCAGUUAUUAAAUAUGGAGCUUUUGUACUUCCUUUUGAAAUGAUUUAACAUUUUAAAUUCUCUUGCCAAGAUUCUCUAAAUUAAGACUAAUUUCCCAUAAAAUGGGAAGCACGUCUGGGUCUUUUUUUAAGCUUUGGUUGCUUGAGUGUAUGUGUUUUGUGCUGGAUGAGAUUCACUCCAUAACCUCUAACAGUCUCUUACAAACGUUAUUCUCUAACAAAUGACAAAUGAUUCAACCACAUUGAGACAAAUUUAGUACAUUUCGCAUUGCCAUUUUAGAGAACAAAAUCUGCAAAAGUUUAUGUUUACAGGAGUAUCUUACUGCCAUAUCUGAAAGCCAUUGCCUUUUGUUUAACUUUGAUAUUUUAUUCAUCAAGCUGUUUUUGGCUUAAGCUGACAUUAUGUGAGUUAUGUUAUUCUAUUUUGUUGAAUAUUGCAUGCAGUAAAAUUGAAUGGUACUCUGGUAGCUGCAAGAUAAUGAAACCCAUUUAAAAAAAAAAAAAAGCUAACAGUGAAAGGAUUGAGAACUUGAAAUUCAGUGAAAUAACAAAACAAAUAUAUGGAUGUAAAAUGUUGCUUUUCCAAUACUUCCUAUCCUUAUAUUUUGUAACC